UUUUCAUAAGAAUUGUGGGUCGAGCCUACCGCCCAGGGUACUUACGACUGACAACCGCGAAAACUCACCUAAUUCACCACCUUUUUCUCUCAAAAUGGAAGGCAUGGAUAUCAAAGCUGAUGAAAAUGAAACUCUCAAGGAACUUAUGGAAGAGAAGGACUGUUUAGAUGCGUCAUUUGUGCAUGCCACACGACUGUUAACGGAAGAAAUCAAACGAGUUGAGAAUGGCGGAGAUAUCUUACAGAAGGAAAACAGUGGAGACAGUGGUGGAGAAAGAGGGAAGAUAAAUCCAUUAGUGAUUGAUGUCAGCUCAACAACACCAAUUAAACUCUGUGUCAAAAUUCUUAUUCCUGUCAAAGAACAUCCAAAGUUUAAUUUUGUAGGUAAAUUACUUGGACCAAGAGGGAACUCAUUAAAGAGAUUACAGGAGAUCACAGGAACAAAGAUUGCCAUCUUGGGAAGAGGAUCUAUGAGAGAUAAACAAAAGGAAGAUAAACUAAGAGAAGAAAACAAUCAGAAAUAUGCACAUCUCAAUGAAGAUCUUCACGUCCAGAUUGAUUUGAUUGGAUCACCUCAUGAAGCCUAUUAUAGAUUAGCACACAGUAUUGCAGAAGUACAGAAAUAUCUUGUUCCAGAUCCCAAUGACACCAUACGUCAAGAGCAGCUGAGAGAACUUGCGGUGAUCAGUGGAUCAUUCACAGGUCCUCCUCCCAAUGCACCUGGCUCUAGAGGUAGACCAAGAGGAGUAGGACCAGGACCAGGUUGGGGUGGUUGCCCUCCACCAAUGAGAGGACCUCAUCCACAUGUUGGACCAAUGCACAGUCCAGCCAGAAUGGGUAGCCCACCAGGCAGAGGUAUGCCUAGAGGUAUGACCCCCAGAGGGGCACCAACAAGAGGUAACUCAAGAGGAUUAGCAAGAGGGGGAUUUAGAGGAGGAGCUAGUGGACAUAGAAUGAGUGUGCCUCAGUAUGGAUCAUCACAGGUUGAAGGAGGUGAUAACUAUUAUGAAAGAAGCUAUGACCAAUCAUACUCUCAAGGCUAUGAGGACACAAAUACCAGUGGAGCUACAAGUGUUCAAGAAUUCAGCGCUACAGGCGAAGGGUAUUCAGAACAAAGCUAUGGAGGGGCUUCAGAGACUGAGUCAACAUGGUCAAGCGAGGGCGCACAAAUGCGACUCAAGUACCCAUCAGCUAUGCACCAAAAAGAGACAAUACGCACACACCCAUACAACCGGUACUAACUUCAUGUUUUCUCUCUCCAACAACCGAAAACGUAUGCAACUCGUGUCAACCCCGAAGAUUGCGGGGUUUUGUUUGAAAGAAAAUGUACGGUUCUUCUACCUGAAGGUAUGGUGUGCAUCAGGAAUAGUCCUUUGGUCAAAACACUUCAUAGGAUAUCAGCAGGAUAGCAAAACCAACGCCAUGUUUGGGGGAUUAGAUGCGUGAGAAUAACAGUAUUUUAUGAAGCUCUUACCAGAUGUAUUACACUUGCCACAAUGGAAUGCAUGUUCCCAGUUAAUUUCACCUUGUUCUUUUCAGCUCCCAUCUCCCGUGUUUGUCUAUUUAUUUUGUCCCUCCCUUUCCUUUUCCUCCUAGAAUGUAGUGUCCAUGUAUAGUGUCUGUCUUGAAAAGAGCACAAAUGAUUUGUAGUCCCAAUUCUUUAACAAAGAAUAUGAAGAGGGGGUUGUGUGUGAGAGAAAAAGAGAGGGAGUGAAAGAAAAAGUGAGAAUGAGAGAGGGGGGGGGGGGGGGUAGAAAACGGUGAAAGAAUUAGAAAGAAAGAUGAUAAGAGAGAGAUAUUCUACGUUGAAAUUUAGGAUACUAUAUUUUUUUUAUUGACUUAUAUACCUGCCAGUUUUCUUCCAACACAUCUUAUUCUUCCGUCAGAAAAGAGUUUGUUUAUUGAGUUUGUCUACAUUAUAGGUUGCUACAUUCUCCAGCAUGGUGGAAAUUUGUGAUAUGAGCAUAUAUGAUAAAGCCUGGCUCACCUCAUUUGUGUUAAAUGAGCUUGUGUUCACCUACGGAUGGCCUGAAUGCAGACAAAUCACAGUCAAACACACAAUACACAACUAACGCAGAUACAUGUAGCUCAUUGGUUUGAACAAUUUUACAAGCAUGUAGCUGAAAGCAACCACAUGCAACCAAAUUUCAUGUGAGCAAAGACAAGUGAAAAUGAGCAAAUGGGAGUGAGAAUAAGCAAGAGCGAGUAACAACCAGCCAGCAAGGUAGGCCUAAAAGCAAAUUUAGUGCUUGAUUUACCCCGAAUUACCUCGCUGUAGCUUGCAUCACGUCACUUUACCGCAUGCAAUUUUGUUCUAGCUCUGACGAGCUCGUAUGCAAAGUGUAAGUAGAAAUUUGUAAGCAAAAAUUGCAACUGAAUAUUUUGCUGUGUAGUAUGCUGCGGUGGCUGUGUAUUGCUCUUUCUGGCUAAUGCAACAAUACGCAGCUUAAAACACUUGGAUGUGAGCCAGGCUUAUAAGAGACAACCCCCUUCUCUCAUUCUUUCUCUUGCUCUCUCUCUCCCUCUCUCCCUCCCUCAGUCAUGAUCUCUCGUAUAUCUCUUUGUACCUCUUUUCUAGAUAUCUUUUUUCUAAAUCCUUUUUUUAAAUGUGUUUUGUAUCCAUUUGUAUUUUGCUUGUAGUCUUCUUCGCCUCACUUUACCAUCAGUUUGGAUGAAUAAUGGGUUUCAUGAUACUUGCUCCGGCGACAAUUGCUCUGCUCUUAAUUCCACACACAAAUGACCAACUUCAACACUAUACCCUACCCUCAACCUAACCAUAAACCUAUACUUAAAACCCAUUUGCAACCCUAACCCUACAUCUUGGACAAAAUUAAGCCCGGAGCAAUUGUCACAGGAGCAAAUGUCGUGUCAACAAACGAACAAUUUUAUCAAAGGGAACUGAGAUCAAAAAAGUUAUAUUUGAUAUAUUUAUCCCCUCCAUAACUUACUCAUAUGUUGUUGCAGAUUUCACCUACCAGUCAUUUGGUAGUGAAACUGACCCCCACAGAUAUAGCUAUCUAUGGUAUCUUUGUAUGUGAGGGGAUGGUUUCACUGAGGCUUUGAAACAUCCACUAGAACGAUAAGUAACGUGAAAUACAAAUCAGGGGAAGGAAGUCUUGUCAAAGAAAUGUUUUUUGAAUUAUCUGUCCUGUAAGCCAUUCCAUUUUUUUCAGUCAGAUAUACUUUGCCAAUUAUAAGUGGGCCUGUAUGUGAUUUAGAAAGUCUAUGUUUGUGUUCGAUGUCAUGCCUGUUGCACUCAUCUCAUGUGGGUCAGUUUCAUGAAGAAAUCCAAUAUGUUACAUACAAUAUUACUCAGUGCUUACUGUAACCUGGGUCUUAAAAAGUAACAUGGAAAUGGGUGUAAUAAUUAGAGCCCUGUUUUGAUUGUGACAAAAUUGAUAUAACCAAUAUCAAAUAUGGAAAGCAAUUGUCAAUUAAUGUUAAAUUUAGAUGGUGUCACCACUCGCGAUGGAAUGCGCUAUCAGUCAACAUUGUUGAUCAGUAAACAACAAAUCGGCACAAAUUUACAAGGUAGUUUUGAAUCCAUGUUUCGAAACCAUGGUUCAUGCAUAUUUCAUACAUCAAUUACGGUUAACUCAGUUUAUUUAUUAAGAAAGCAUCUCUCUCGGAUAGGACGUUAAAUGGAGGCUUCGUGUAAAGGAGAGUCACCACCUCUGCACGUUACGAACCCACUGCUGAAACCCCGGUGUAGUGGUCCACCUGCACUCCCCCCAAUCAGUUAUAUCUGGAGGAGAGACCUGUGGGUCAUAGUGAUUCAGUUCGCUUUUCGCUUCCCAGGCACAGGUGAUGGCAAACAAAUAAUAAUAGUGAAUGUAUGCUUUUUUCACAUCACAUGAAAAGAUGCCUGAUACUAGGCCCUUUUUUUUUAAUAGUUAUACCGAGUCAAGAUCUGCGUUUGAACAAAUUUCUAUAUUAAGUAUUUGGCUCAUUCAUGCAGUAACAAAUCAACUUUCUUAGUAUAUGAGCUGAAUUAAGGAGAAUUAAUGCAAGAAAUAUGCAUUAAAGAUAAAUAAUAUUUGCAGUAAAUUAAGGUUUCAUGAAAAAUAUUUAAAAUUAAGUUUAAUGGUCAUGUCAUCGUAGAUCUAGAUCUGGUAAGUAACAUCAACCUAACUCUGUGAAAUAAUGAAAUCUAAACUUAAAGAUGAUCACCUUCAAGGUUUCCAACACAGAUAAGCACAUGUGGGACGGUGUGUUUUGAUUGCUUGGAAAAAGACAAAUGGCAGGAAUGUCAUGCUUAUUUGGUGACAGUAAUUUCUCAGCAAUGGGACAGUUUCUUGCAGAAUCCUUUGACACAUAUAUUUCAUUCAUACAUAGACACUUGGGUGAUUCUCUACAAACUCAUUUAUCAUUAACCACAACUUGCAUAUAUCUUUAACCAUGAAUUCAAAACUACCUUGAUGAAUUUCGGCUGAGUUGUUACUGCUAUUCAUUCCUUGGUUGCAACCGUUUGGAUCCGUCUUGAUUCUUUGGGUGACGGGACUCUGGUUUCUCCUUCGCAUACAAAAAAGUGAUUAAUGGCUCCUUGGAACAAGGCUACACUGAGACUUGACCUUUUUAUUUAUAUGAAUGUCAAUAGACAGGAUGCAUGAAUUAUAUACACAAACAUUAAACAAGUAGAAAUAUCCAAUUUCAUAAUUUUACAAUAUUCAUUAUUUGGUAUUAUUCACUUUAUGAAUGUGGAAGAUUUUAUGAAAUGGGAUUAGAGUUGGAUGAACAUCAGACAAAGACCCUGUUUGUCUUCAAAGCCAUGGAAGUUCUGACCAGAGUUCCCUUACAGAGAACUGUUGUUGGUUAUCAUUAGGUAGCUUUUCCAAUUGCGACGGGGACAGAUUCUACAACAUAGAAAAUCUAUUGUCAAUAGCCCUUAAUGACAAAGCAGUAUUUGUUGAACAUAGGUUAAUCAAAACGGCAGUUUCAUCCUGGACUCUGGAAAAACGACAUAUUUUCUAGUUUUCUGCAGCUGAGAAUCUUACACCGAUCAGCUGUCCCAGUUCACCAAUUAAAGGCUUGUAAGCUGUUGAUUGUCAUUUGACAGGCAUUUUCAAUAGAUAUACUGUUUGAGGAUCAAUACCAUUACAAAAACUCGCUAUUGUAUUUGUACUUCACAGAUUUUAUGAAAGGUUAGGAGAAAGAAAAUGCCAUAACUAACACGAAGAGUCUAUUUUUCUAUUUUUUUGUUGAAUGUUGCCCCAAUCUUGUUGGGCAGUGUUGUGUCUAAAUGUGUUGUUCAUUGAUGUGACAGAGCAUUUCCAUGUUUAUUUUUGUACAGAAAAUCAAAACCAAAAAUAAUCUCGAUAUGAGCAUAGUCACUGCCACUUGUUCUUAGCCUUAAAGGCCACAUGUUUUCUCCCCAGUUUCUUUUCUUUGCCUUCAAAGGGUUUUCUUCAUUUGAUUAAUAAGGGUUGCAAUCAAAGUUAAGAAUCAAAGUGAGAUGAAAUGCCUUUGUAGGAUAAGAAUUUCUUUGCUCAGUACUUUAGAAAUGAGAGAAGUGUUGAGGUUUACUUUUAGCUGUAACAUGUUUCAGCAUUGAUUAAUAUUAAAAAUAAAAUCAGAGAUGAAUGAGAAAUUAAAAAAGGGUUUUCCUACGUGAUAUUCUGUGAAAAACAAAUAUGGAGGUAAGCUUGGAAAUUUCAGCAAAAAUUUCUUCCACGUAAAAUUUAAUUCUUCGAUCUUGAUAAUAAGUCCUGCUAUUGAUAAUGAACAGUUUAUACUUUAGGGUCUUCAGAGUGAUUUGAGUUUUGACAUGAUGUUAAUUUUAUUCUAAAUACAACUUGGCUUCUUAUGAAUGAAAUAGGAAUGUGUGUUAUUGCUGAUGGUAGUAAAUCCAAUAUUGUUUGUGGCACUGUUGUUUAAACAUGUAAAAUUUAUUAUAAACUAACAUUAUAUUUGACAAAGCAUUAGGCUGAACUGAUGUAUUGAUCAUGCAUGAUGAUGAUAUAAUGAUUAAGCUAAAGCAGUAGAUAUAUAUUCUUUAUUAUAUAAUUGCAUAAGAUCAUUUAAAACAAGAAAUAUAUAUAUGAGAAAUGUUUGUUUAUUAAACGUAGAUGGCUACUCAUACGCUUCCGUGUAAAUCACUUGCUUAUUAAUCACAUGAUAUAAAGUAAUGGGAUAAGUGUUUAAUGUGUCUAUUUCAUGUAGUUUUCUUACAACAACAAUUUAAUGUUUGUUUUAUAAAUCACCUUCAUGCCUACCAUACUAAUCUUCAUUGAAAGCAUUUAAACAAAUUUUUGCAUGCACGCAACUCGUAGCAAGAAAAUAUGCUAAUCAGUAAGUAAUCACAUGUAGUAAGUAAGAAUAAUGUUAAUAAAAAUGUAAAGUGUGGUUUUAUGUUAAUUGCAAAAAAUCAGAUAUCAUAAUGAAGUAUCGCGUGUAUCUAUAAAGAUCAAUAGUUUGAUGUGUUUUGUGGAAGAUUAUAUAUGUUUGGUAUAAAAGGAUCAACGAUGACCAUUGUUUUAUAGCACUGUAGAGUAAUUUCAUUUAAUAAUCAUUAAACAAGUGUGUUGGAUUGCUUAGUAAAUAAUCUUGCAUCUUAUAUCAAUUAAUCUUAUCUUUACAAACGCUUUAUAGACAAAGAACUUUGGUUCUGAAAUAAUUAAGAAAUCUUGUUUGUUUCCCUUUGCUUUAUAUAGAAAUUCAAGAAAAUUGUGCUUAUUAUCAAUUGAUUUGAAUUUAAUUUUAAAAGAAAAAAAGAAGUGUGGUUCAUUGAAUAGCUUCCAUGCGACUUAAUAUUUAUUUGAGAAGCAUAGGACCAAGUUCAUAAAGGUGGUUUUGAUACCGUGGUUUCAAAUCAAGGUUUAUGUAGAUUGUUUGAAUUGAUUAGGCUUAAUUCAACAUCCAGUAAUGAAUGCAUGCUUCUAUCACUAUGCGUACACUGGUAACUAAGGUUGCAUAAUUAACGAGUUGUUUUGAGUAAUUUAGAUUAAUAGGAAACUCAUUAAUACAGUUACCAUGGUAACAAGUGUCAAGCUACCUUUAGCAAAAGCAUGCAAUCAGUAUUGGACACUUUGUGAAGAUACAUGCUGAGUUAUGGAGGAUGAAAUCAGCAUCAGCUGUGGUGUGAAACCACAAAUCAAAACAAGCCUUUGUGAAUUAGGGCCAUAAUGAUAUACCCCACCACAGUUUUCUGCUAAGUAGUACUACAUUGUAUGAAAUACACUGGGCUGCUGAUAUGUUUGUGGGUGGAAAAUCAAAUUGGAAGUGAAAUGGCAAGGAAUUGUUUCGUAGCAGGUUAUAUAAAUCAUCAGUAAAGUGGAUCAUAAUUAAGACAAGAUUAGAUGAGAGCACAUUACAUAGUGACUGGUCAUGCUAAUGAAAUAAAGGUAAACAUUCUAGGUGGAUGAUGUAAAUUUCAUGAAAGAAAGAAGAAUGUUAUUAUGAUUAGGAUAAAGAGGUAUAGAUCAGUGGUGUGGUCAAGUCCUUUUAUAGGCCAACAGGUAUUCUUGAAUGUUUAAUACCAAUUGUUCGUAUUAAAAAUGAAUAUUUCUAUUUUGGGGAAGAGACUUGCCACUUUAAUCAUGUGUUCCCAUUUCUAUGAACACUCUUCCGUAGUAAUGAGUAGGUUACUUAAGAAUGCUCCUAUUUUUGAAAAUUUGUUGGUGAUUUGUGCCUAUUGCUUCGCUCUCAUGGUUGGCAGGUACAUGUAUGCUUGGAAAUAAAGCUAGUUUUGACAAGAUACACAGCAUACACACCCCUCUCAAAGUCCUGUUUAAUAGCUCAAAUCUUUGGCAUCCCUUGUCUCAAUAAUUGUUUUCAUUGUUUAAAACAAAUUAAAGAAAAGUACAAUAACAUGCUUAAGUUUUAUAAAAGAUAUAGUAACGGAAAGUCACUUGUGUGAUUUACUGAAGAUUAUAAAGUGAUAAUGUCAUAGAACUUAUUUUAUAACAAAUGGUAAUGGUUUUCACCUUGUAAUAAGGAAUAAAAUUAGAGUCUACUAAUGUUCUUGAUAAAAUGUUGCCUACCCUUUUUACAUGUUUACAUUGUCAUAAACCCCUUUUCAUUUCAUGAUGUGUUUAUGAAAUUAAAAAAGGUGUCAAGAUUAUGUUAAGCUUAUUAUAUAAGUGUCUUAAGUUUCCCCUUAAUUUGUUUGUUCCUCUCAAAAACAGUUGUUAAGUCAUUUUAUGUCCCAUUUUUGUAUCGAUACCCCUCCUCUUUGUUUUGUUCUUUUUUGUGGCUAAUAAAAACCAAAUAGCAUCUUGGUAUGUUAA